AUUUUACACAGCAGAUAACACGAGCUAUGUCCCUAAUCCAAUACUUAUCUACUUAAUUACUUGUCUCAUGGAUCGACCUACCUAAUCCAAUUAAUCUCUCGCUUAUAUGCUUUACAUCAGCAGCGAUUGUCCAGCUGUCCUUUUCCAAUCUGUAAGUUGCCUUCUAACAUGAAUUUUGUAAUUACCCCAUUUUGUUGAUUAGUUAGAAGACAAUGCAUGUGAUACCAUCUCCUUCAUUAAUUUCAUUAUCUCUAUAUAUUAUCUCCAAACACUCUUCUUCUCAAACCAACAAUUUUACAUUCUCUUCAAACAUUAUCCUUUACAAGAAAAAUUUCAAUUCCCUCAAACAUAUUUUAAUUGUUCAUCCGAGAAACAAUGGCAGUAAGAUUUCCUAGUGUUCUUCGAGCUUCUUUCUUGUCUGCAAAGAAAUCUACUUCAAGAUCUUUAGAUGUGCCAAGAGGUUUCUUGGCAGUAUACGUUGGCGGGAUGGAGAAGAAGCGGUUCUUGGUUCCAGUAUCGUACUUGAGCCAGCCUUCAUUCCAAGGUUUGCUAAAUAUAGCAGAAGAAGAAUUCGGAUUUGAUCAUCCGAUGGGUGGUUUGACGAUUCCUUGCACAGAAGAGGAUUUCAUUGAUGUCACUUCCAACUUGAGCAGAGUUUGAAUUAGUGAAUAUAGAGCUUUACACUAACAGCACAAACAGUUUUGCACCAUAGGACUUUCAUAUACAGAAGAAUGUAAAUAUAUUAUUUCAAACACUCUUGCUCAUAUUGUAACACGGGAAUUUUAUAAAAGAACUACUUUUACCUCAAAAAGGACUAUAUGGCUCUUCAUCAAUGUAUCACUUUUGGAAUAUUUUCUAAUCUUAUCAUCUUUUAGCA